AUGCUCGUCCAUGCCGUCUUGCUAUCGCUCUGUGUGCUCGGACUCUGCUCCACCGUCCUGUCCCAGAGCAUUCCGAACUCGUUCCCGCAUGCCUGGCCUGGACAGCCGGAGGGCGACUUCAAUUUGGAAGUCACCGAAAAGCUUCCCAAUAUCACCGGCAGCCUCCCACGUAGCUUCGCGGGAAACAUUAAUGUGAACCGAGCGGGACAUCCCAACAACACGCUCUUCUUCUGGGCGUUUGAGAAAGUGGGCGCCAAUGGCUCGCUGACCGCCCCCGCGAGCCAAAACAACACAGACCCGUGGAUUAUAUGGCUACAGGGGGGCCCAGGGUCCUCUGGAAUGAUCGCUCUCACUACCGAGAACGGUCCCAUUCACGUUCAAGCAGACGGAUCGUGGGUUCACAACAACUUCAGCUGGAAUACUUUGGCGGACACGAUCUGGAUCGAUCAACCUGUCGGCACUGGCUUCUCAACGUCCGACUCAACGGGGUACAUUCCUGACGAGGACCAGAUGGGAGAAGACUUCAUUGGCUUCCUCUCGAACCUUGUCAAAAUCUUCCCGAGUCUUGCCUCGCGUCCUCUGUUCCUAACCGGUGAAAGCUACGCCGGAACGUACAUCCCAUACAUCACGAAACACAUCUUCCAAACUUCAAACCCACCGGUCAACCUCCGCAAGAUUGCUAUCGGCGACGGUUCGCUCGGAUCCCAGGCGCUUGUGGAGCACGUUCCUGUGCUCAACGUCAUCGAGACUUACCCGGCGCUCAUCGGAUAUGAUGAAGACGUCUUCAACUUCUUCCGCGAGCAGACACACCUCUGUGGGUUCGAUCUGAAUUUCACGUACCCACAAGAGGGCGGACACUUCCCAACGCUGGACCUCGUCCGGCCGACCGCCGAGUCUGCGCUCGCGAAGUCCGUGGAGACACGCACCCGCAUCCUCCGGAGGGCCGCCGCGCUCGAGAAGAGGGACUUGGUGCGCCCGGCAGCGCAGGAGGCGGCGCGUGCGCAGUGGAAGCGCGAUCUGUCUGGACGCGCAAACGGGACGAUCGAUCCCUUCUACGGCUGCUUCCUCCUCGACGAGCUGGAGGACUACGCGCUCAACUUCACGUUCCCGUGGUCAAACGGUGGAUUCGACGUCUACGACGUCCCGGACGGCACGAACCCCGAGCCGUUCAAGAACGCGUCCGCGUUCUUCAACUCCGCCGCCGGCCGCGCGGCGCUGCACGCGCCGACGUCCAAGGACUGGCUCCGGAACUUCAACUACCCCUUCGGCUCCACGCACAACCACUCCGCCGGGAACCAGUACGGCGACCCGUCCGUCGAGCCGGUCGCCUUCCUCUCCGCCCUCGCCGCGAACGCCUCCGCCGCGAACGUCUCGAUCGUCUUCUACUCCGGCAACGACGACUCGCUCGUCCAGCACCGCGGCACCGAGGCCGUCAUCCAGAACACGACCUUCGGCGGCGCGCAGGGCUUCGCCCGCGCGCCCGCGACGCCGUGGUUCGACGACGCGGGCGCGUUCGCCGGCGUCGUGCACCAGGAGCGCGGGCUCGCGUACGUGCUCUUCCAGGGCGCGGGCCACCUCGUGCCGAUGUGGCGGCCCGCCCAGGCGCUCGUCUUCCUGCGCGAGUUCGUGCUCGGGGAGAACAGGAACGGGACGCUGGAGGCGGACGGGCGCGUCGUCGGCGGGGAGGACGCGGCGCUCGCGGGCGCGGUGCUCCCUGGGGGCGACGCGAUCUUCUUCGGGUCGUCGGCCACGCAGGGGACGUCGACGGUCCCGGCGGCGACGCGGAGCGCGUGGGCGGCGUUCGUGUCGACCGCGACCGCGGCGACGACUCCCACCGGAGCCACGAGUGGAGCACUGCAGGGGCGGUUUGCCGACACGGGUCUUGUGAGCGUGCUGAUUGCUCUUCUGGUUUCUGCCGUGGUGCCAGUGUAG